AUGGAUACCAACACCGGCAAAGAUACAGGCCGGCUGCGGCGGCGACCGGGUGUCGGCGUCGGGGUCGUGAUCACGAGCUCCAAACACCCUCGGAGUGUUCUUCUGGGAAAGAGGAAAGGGUCCGUUGGAGCCGGCACUUUCCAGCUUCCCGGGGGUCACCUGGAGUUUGGUGAAAGCUGGGAAGAAUGUGCUAAGAGGGAAACCUUGGAAGAAGCCGCUCUUCACCUGAAAAAUGUUCGCUUUGCUUCUGUGGUCAAUUCUGUCAGCGAAGAGGAUGAUUACCAUUAUGUCACUAUACUGAUGAAAGGAGAGGUAGACACGACUCACGAUUCAGAACCAAAGAACAUGGAACCUGAAAAAAAUGAAGGUUGGGAAUGGGUUCCGUGGGAAGAUUUCCCUCCACUAGACCAGCUUUUCUGGGCUUUGCGUGGUUUGAGAGAACAAGGUUACAAUCCUUUUAAAGAAGAAUUGAGUCAUCUAGUGGGCUACAAAGGAAAUCAUCAAUAGGUCAUCCGCACAUCAAUCAAUUCUUUUUAAUAAGUCAAAAAGUAUUAA